UUUGGUCUGAGAAGCAGGCAGGGCCAGUGGUCUUGGGAGAGACCUUGGUGGGUGGGAGGGGCCUGUCCUAGCCCUUCAGAUUCCCAGGAGUCUUUGAGGAGGAUUUUGGGGGUGCCCAGUAUGGCACAGCAGUGGACCUCUCUUCUGGGAGGUCUGCUAUCUGGGAGACCCACUCUCCCCAGGAUGAUUGCUCCCGACUCCAGCCUCUACCAGGGCUCCUGUGUAUUCCUUCCUUUCCUUUCCUGUUUGGCUGGUUCUGCAGCUCCAUCUCUAGUGGCCCCACCCAGAAAGCUGCUUCCUUAGAGUCAGAAGUCAGGAACUCUAGGCUGCCUCUUAGGACUCUGUCCCAGGUCCUCAGCAGCUGUCUGUGUUGACUCUCAGUUACUGGGGAUCACUGGUCCUCUCCUCCCAUCCCUAAGACCCUGCUGAGGCCUCUGCACUCCGCCCUGUCUCCCUGAGACAAGAGAAGACGCCCUGCCCGCCACACGUGAUGGCGCAGGCACAACUGUAAUCCCAGCACUUGGGAGGCUAAAAUAAGAGGAGCCUCUGAGUUCAAGACCAGCCUGAGUUACAUAGUGCAAAGCCAGCUGGAUCUAUAUAGUGAGACUGUCUCAAAAAACCAAAAAACCCCAUGAUGUAUCGUCCAAGGACCAUUUUUGGAAAAGGGCCUUUCCAAAGGACAGAAGGACCUGGGUGCUGAGGGAGCAAGAAGCCUAGAUUGCCCACACCUCACUGGGAGUUCCCCUUGCCCUUCUCCCUGACAUGUACAUACAUUUAUAGGCCGGGAAGGAUUUGAGGCUGGAGCCUCAGUUCCCGUCCUUUGUUCUCUGAUGCUUGAUCUCUGAAGCUAUUUGUUUAAAAUGAAAUAAAAUAAAAUAAAAUAUUAAAAAAAUACCCUGAGCUGGGCGUGGUGGCACACACCUGUAAACUCAGCACUCACGGAGGCUGAGGGAGGAGGAUUGUUGCAACUUUGAGGCAAGGCAAGUCUGGCCUGAAAAGUGAGCUCAAGGCCAGCCUGAACUGCGUAGUGAGACCAUGUCUCAAAAAGACCAAAAAUAAAUAAAUAAAUAAAAGGAGGGAGUGCUAGGGAUAUAGUUCAGGGGCAGACCCAACCUGACUGGCAAGCUCAAUUCCCUGAGUUCAUUCCCAGUACCAAAAAAAAAAAAGGCGGGGGACAGGGAUGUAGCUCAGCAGCUUAAGUACUUGCCUGUGAGUGCAGGGUCAUGAGUCUGAACUCUGGUACCAAAAAAAAAAAGAUACUGACCAGUUCCGUCUUCCUGCAGUGCCCCACCUGGACUUGAACCCAUCCACUCUAUCCACACCUGCCCCUGCUAUGUGAGGAGAUGAGAGCAGAGAUCCCCUCUACUCUAGCCAGUGCCCUACUCAGGUCAUGGCCCACCCAACACUUUCUGGCUCCCCACCACACAGGCAGGGCUUGUCUGCACUCACGGUGCCCACCGCUGCCAGCCCCCAGCGUGUAACACUUCCUCUAUGCUUUGCUAGCCCCUCAGCACCUGCAGGGCCUCUGUGGCUGAGGCCUUGUGGUUUUCUGUCACCUUUGUCUUCACUUCUCAGGGAAACUCUGAUCUUCCUGAUGCUGACUUUCCCUGCUCCCUGAGCCCUCAGGGAUCUUCCCAGGCCCAUGGGCUCUCCACACUCUCCCUAGACCAAGUCACCUGCCCUUUGUGACUUCCAGGCCUCAACUAGGCCAGCAGCUCCCACACUCUCUCAGUGGGGCCUGGUGGGCCAGCGGUCUCUGCAGCCUCCUUGGAUGUCUUCAAGGCACUAGGAGGUGUGGGAGGUGGGGGUGGUGGUUCCAUGCUGGGUUCUAGAGCUGGGUGCAAGCUCAAAGCCUCGCCCAGGAACCCAGUUUCAUGAUAGUCUUUUACUUUUUUUUAUUGUUUUUUAGGGCAGUGCUGGGAGUGGAACCCAAGGUCGCUCACAUGCUGGGGAAGUGCCUUACAACGAACUACAUUCCCCCACUGUUUUUCUGUUUGUUUUGCAAUACUAGGGCUUUUUGUGAACCCAGGGCUUCCUGCAUGCUAGGAAAAGUGCUGUAACAUUGACCUAAAUUUCCGGUUGGUCCCAAACCUUUUUAAUUUUUAUUUUUGAGACAGAAUUUCAGUAAGUUGCUCAGACUGGUUUCACAUUUACUGUUCUGCUUUAGCCUCCUGAAGCUGGCUUAGAGACCUGUAUGUGCAUUUGGCAAUCUUAGGCAUUUUAUUUUAUUUUAAUUAAUUUUUCCUGGGGAUUUAGCUGAGCAGCAUAAGCACCUGCGUGACAAGUGCAAGGUCGUGAGUUCAAUUCGUGGUACCCCUCCCCAAAUAAAAUAAUUUAUUUUUGAGACAGAGUCUCACUGGAUAGUUCAGACUGCCUUUGAACUAUGGAACCUAAACUGGCCUUGAACUCAUGGCCAUUCUCCUGCCUCAGCCUCAAGAAUGCUAGGAUUAUAGGCAUGUGUUACCCAACCUGACUGAUUUUAGGCAUUUAAAAAACUUCUUUUACCUUGAUUUCCCUUCCAUAAAACUCCUACUCCAUACGUGUUUAAGUGUUUUGAUGUUAAUUCCCUAAUCUUAAGUCAGCAUUCUCUCCCCAGAACGAGACAGCUGUGGCUCUUGUCUUAGCUUCUAACUUUCCCCAAAACCUGGCAUUCCCAUGGCCAGUCCCCCUGAUCUUAAAGUGACCCAUCCAGCCACCUCCCCCACCCUUCCCCAGUCUCUGUCGCCUAGGCCAUGCUUGACUUUCUUUCUUCUUUUGGGGUCCCCACGCUGCCCCUCCAGUGUACCUUCUUCAUAAAAAGCUUUCUGAUACUCAGAUCUGACCAUGUUCUUCCUUGCUGUGAUCCCUGCUGUGGCUCCCCAGUGCUCUCAGAACAAGGUCCACACUCCUUAGUUUGCAUUCAGGACCUUUUACAACCUGGGUCAUCUACCCACCACAUCUACCGCCUGGCAGCCACAGGCCGGGGCAGGCAUUUUACACACACACACACACACACACACACACACACACACACACACACACUUUCCCUUCCUCACUUCCAUCCGCUGGUAUGUCCCUAUUCCCAUACCAUCCAUCUGAGGUCCACUAUUAGAGUCCCUCUCUGUUCACCCUUCUCCCCUGCCUGCCUCUUUAGGAUUCUACCACUGGGUGGGGGAGGGGCCGUGCCUGGCACCCCUCCCCCCAUUCCAGCUGAGGCUCAGGUCUCCAACAACAGAACCAGAGCCACUGGGUGCCACUGGAACCCAUUUGGGGUGGCCUGGGCCCCUCGUCCCAAGCCAAAAGGGCUUUGGGGGAGGGGUACAGCCCCUGGCAGACUAACUGUGUGGCUAAGGGGGCUGAGAGGUGCCCGGGAGGUGGGGGCCAACCUCACAGGGAGAGGCGAGAGAGUGGUUCUCUUCCCCCCACUGGGGGGCCCUCGGGGCUGGCCGCAGAGUGGGCGGCCUCGACGACACAGCCUGUGUGUUGGGGGUCGGAGCAGGGCGGUGACUGGUGGCAGGAGCACCAUGGCCACCAUCCAGUCAGAGACUGACUGUUAUGAUAUCAUUGAGGUGCUGGGCAAGGGCACCUUUGGGGAGGUGGCCAAAGGCUGGCGGAGAAGCACCGGUGAGAUGGUGGCCAUCAAGAUCCUGAAGAACGAUGCGUACCGUGGCCGCAUCAUCAAGAAUGAGCUGAAGCUGCUGCGCUGCAUGCGGGGCCUGGACCCCGAGGAAGCCCACGUCAUCCGCUUCCUCGAGUUCUUCCAUGAUGCCCUCAAGUUCUACCUGGUCUUUGAGCUGCUGGAGCAAAACCUCUUCGAGUUCCAGAAGGAGAAUAACUUCGCACCUCUCCCUGCCCGCCACAUCCGGACGGUCACCCUGCAGGUGCUCAGGGCCCUGGCAAGGCUCAAGGAGCUAGCCAUCAUCCAUGCCGACCUCAAGCCGGAGAACAUCAUGCUGGUCGACCAGACGCGCUGCCCCUUCAGGGUCAAGGUGAUCGACUUCGGCUCAGCCAGCAUUUUCAGUGAGGUGCGCUACGUGAAGGAGCCGUACAUUCAGUCCCGCUUCUACCGGGCCCCUGAGAUUCUGCUGGGGCUGCCCUUCUGUGAGAAGGUGGAUGUGUGGUCCCUGGGCUGCGUCAUGGCCGAGCUACACCUGGGCUGGCCCCUCUACCCGGGCAACAAUGAGUAUGACCAGGUGCGCUACAUUUGUGAGACCCAGGGCCUGCCCAAGCCCCACCUGCUGCAUGCUGCCCGAAAGGCCCAUCACUUCUUCAAGCGAAACCCUCACCCUGAUGCCACCAACCCCUGGCAGCUUAAAUCCUCGGCUGAUUACCUGGCUGAGACCAAGGUGCGUCCACUGGAGCGCCGGAAGUACAUGCUCAAGUCCUUGGACCAGAUUGAGACGGUGAACUGCGGUGGGGCUGCGGGCCGGCUGAGCUUCCCAGACCGAGAGGCACUGGCGGAGCUUGCUGACCUCAAGAGCAUGGUGGAGCUGAUCAAGCGCAUGCUGACGUGGGAGUCACAUGAGCGCAUCAGCCCCAGCGCAGCCCUGCGCCACCCCUUUGUGACCAUGCAGCAGCUACGCACCACCCACGAGGGCACCCGCUACUACCAGCUGUCACUUCGGGGCUGCCGCCAGUCACUGCAGGUGGAGGGCAAGCCACCCCCGUCUGCGGCAGCCAGUGCUGAAGAUGGACCGCCCUACUACCGUCUGGCUGAGGAAGAGGACACCGCUGUGGGCAGAGGUGGAGUGGCAAAUGGCGUGUCCUUCUUUCGGGAUGAGAAGGCACCAGGCGUGCAAAGGGCCAUCGACCAGCUGGAUGAUCUGAGCCUUCAGGAGGCUGGGUGUGGGCUGUGGGGUGAGGUCCAGGCUGACAUGGUCUCCGACAUGCUAACCCCACUCAAGGCAGCCUCCACCAGCUGCCGGCUCCCCAGCUCUGGCCCAGAGCCCAUCCUGGCCUUCUAUGGUAGCCGCCUGACAGGCCGCCACAAGACCCGAAAGCUGCCUUCAGGCUCCAAGUCUGACUCCAACUUCAGCAACCUCAUCCGGCUGAGUCAGGCCUCGCCAGAGGAUGACAGGCCCUGCCGGGGCAGCGGCUGGGAGGAAGGAGAAUGCCAAGGGGCCUCUGCCGAGCCACCUGCCAUCCCACAGCGGGAGGGCGAUGGGCCCAGCAUCAAGGACAUGGCCAUGGAUGAGGAGGUAAAGCAGUUGGGUGGGCGCGUGGUCGGUCAGGGCUUCCCCGAGAGCUUGCUCCAGGGUGGGAAGUGGAUAACCAGGCCUCACUCCCACACAUCUGCAUGUGUGCAGCCGGUGUCUGGUCCAGAACACCUUAGCCCAUAUUCAGGAAAGAGGGUUUGGCCAAUACCAGUCCACCCCCACUAGGUGAUUAGGCCUGGGACGAGCAACUUUCAGAACAGUGCGAACUGAGCCUUUGGAAUCUGCCUUCACCUGAGCCCUGGGGGAGGUCUCAUGCCAGCUCCGGUUUCAGGAGGACAUGCGCCGGAAGACCAGCACGAACUUCCUUGUUGACGCCCCUCUUCUCCUCCUCUCACAGAGGUCAGGCCCUGAGCUCUUCAACCCUAACUGCCGUCCUGGAGAAUGGCUAAGCGAGGCCGACUGGAGCCUGGAGGGCAUCAGGGGCCUGCGGGCUCAGGGGGUCCCUGCCCGCCACCUCCACCCACAUGCUCCACCCCGGGGCACCAGCUUUCUGCAGCACGUCAGUGGGCACCACUGAUGGCGAUCAC